AUGGGCGGCGGCCUGUCGUCGUGCUCGAGCGGCGUGAGGGACUUCCUCUCGUACGUCGGCGUGCUGCCCCGCAACGCGAGACACCCCGCCAGCGUCGUGGUGGGGGGAAUCGAAUACGCCGUGGGGCAGUUGCUGGGGGAGGGCGGGAGCGCCUUCGUCUACAAGGGCCGGGAUGUGCACGCGGGAAACGCGGUGGCGCUAAAGCGGUUCACGCUGACGGACCACAACUACCAGGCGCACUGCAUGGAAGAGGCGGCCUUGCACCGCUCGCUCUGUCCGCACCCCGCAAUCGUCAACUUUUACGACUCUGGCAUCGUGGAGCGACCCGAGUGUCCCCUGCCGGAGCUUUGGAUCGUGAUGGAGUGUGUGGAGGCCCCCUCCUUGGCGAACUACAUCAAUAUGCGCAUGGCCGUUAAGCAGCCGUUUACUAUUCGCGAGGCCUACGAGGUCGGCCAUGCCCUCGUGGGCGUCGUAGCCCACCUGCACAGUCAGUCCCCGCCGGUCUCUCACUGGGACAUCAAGGCGGAGAAUUUUUUGUUCGAAGACUCUCAGAAUCUGAAGCUGUGCGACUUUGGAAGUGCCUCGCGUCUGUACUAUGAGCCGCAGAACGCCCUUCAGGUGUCGAUUGCCGAGGCCGAGUUGGGCGACAGAAUGACGCUGCUCUACCGCCCGCCGGAGUCGCUGGACCUGUGGUCGAGGCGGCGGGUAGACACAAAGGCGGACAUCUGGGGUCUGGGCGUUUUGAUGUACCUACUCGUGUUUUUCGAGAUGCCGUUUGAGGCCAAUGCGAUGGAAAUUAUGGAUGGCGUCCCGCGACGGUUUUGCGCGGGCAGGUGUGAGACAAUCCCUGAAGGAUUCGGUCCCCUCAUCGAGCUGGUGGUGACGAGGAUGCUGGUGAAGGAGCCUUCGCUGCGUGCGGACGUCUUUGAGGUUUCUCAGCGCUUGAGCGCCCUCUCACACAUUUCGCCCUUCCCUCCCCCGAAUCCGGACUUCCAAAUUCCACAAAGGCCAAGGUUUGAGUAG